AUGGAGUAUGUCUUCGGUCACCUUGAUGGCACAAAUCACAAACCAACUAAUCAGGAUUGGUGUACUGCUGAUUCAAUCAUCAAACAAUGGUUGUUCGGCACUCUCUCCCAACCUCUCAUUCAAACCAUUUUGAUACCUGAUGCAAUAGCCGCUCAACUGUGGAAAGUCAUCGAAGAUCUUUUCCAUGACAACAAAGAAGCCAAUGCAAUUGAACUCGAGAAUCAACUCAGAAACAUUACUAUCGGUGAUUCCACUGUCAUGGAAUACUACACUCGUAUCAAAACCAUAUCAGAUCUUCUAGCCAAUAUUGGCUCUAAAGUUUCGGAACGCACGCUAGUCACCUAG